UUGUCAAUGUUACUACCCUUGCGGGAAAGCCAAGACAAGCCAAACCAUUUGUUUGACAUUUUCCCCCGUCUGCACACUUGACACAAUUAUCAUUUCAUCAAUUUCCAUUUUUCCAAAUAAAAGACUACCAACUAGCCAGCCAUACAAGGCAACAACUCAAUUUUGCUGCAACUCUCUUACAAAAUCCUUCAUCUGCUUGUCUCACUGUUUCCUCCAAUCUAUUUUCCAUGUCAGAAAGCUGCAAUUCUCGCCAUUUCUCAUGGCUAAUGAAAUCCUGUUUCCCUAACCCCAAUCACAAAUCUUUGAUAAUAACACCCCAACACCUUCACCCCACUGUUUCUCUCACCCUCUCUUCUCUCCCUGAUGACCUUCUCUUGGAAUGCCUUUCCAGGGUUCCUUCCUCUUCCCUCCCUUCCCUUUCCCUCGUCUGCCGCCGUUGGUUCUACCUUCUCCACUCCCCAUCCUUCCUUCUCCUCCGCCGUCAACUCCACCUCCUCCACCCUUCUGUCUUCGCCUUCUCCGCCUCCGACGCCGGUGUCUUUGCUGCCACCCUCUCUCUUUCUUCGCUGAGCCAUAGCGCUACUUGGGACCUCUCUUUAUGUCUUCCAAUGAACAAUCCUUCACUUCACAGCAUCCCAAGGCUCGUUUCUAUAGGACCAAGAAUUUACAUCAUUGGUAGAAAUUCAAUGCUUAGAUACAACGCUUGGACCCAGCACGUUAUUCCUAAAUCCCCCAUGCUUUUACCUCGCAAAAAGUUCGCCGCCGCCGCCGUUUUCAAUAAAAUUUACGUUGCUGGCGGUGGUGGCUCAAAAGCUGCCUCUGCCGUGGAGGAAUACGACCCAGAAAGUGAUACAUGGCGCGUGGUGGCUCACUCACAAAGGAGGCGUUAUGGGUGCAUAGGGGCAGCGGUGGAUGGAAUCUUUUACGUGAUUGGUGGAUUGAAGAUCGAUGGCGCGUGUGGAAAUGGAGGUGGUGGGGCAGAUGCUCACGUUUAUGCAAGUUCAAUGGAUUUGUAUGAUGCGGAGGCGCGUGUCUGGUUGCGGAGCAGGGCGGUACCAGGAGGCGGCUGUGUUGUGGCAGCGUGUGCGGUAGCCGGAUACAUAUAUGUUCUAGCAAGCCACGCGGUGGAACUCUCUUUUUGGCGGUUCGAUGCGCGGAGGAAAUGUGGUGGGGAUGGGGGCGGUGAAGGGUUUGGAGAGUGGUGUAGAAUGAAAAGUCCACCAAUGCCGACUCAAAUAAGACUAGACGGAACAGUGAGGUUCUGUUGUGUUGGGGUUGGGGAUAAAGUAAUUUUGGUACAAGUUGUUGGGUGCAUAGAUGACUUGUUAAGAAGAAGUGGAAGGAGCCAAAGGGGUCUUAAGGAAGGGCUUGUUUUGGUAUAUGAUACUGUCGGUGGUGAGUGGGGUCGUGCGGCGGAUCUGCCGGAGGUUAUACGACGCGCCGCCUGUGUGAGUGUUGAGUGUUAAUUGGCACAAUUGCUGCUAACUUGUGCCUUUCAAAAGCUUUGGUUAUUUGUGUAGUCUAAGAAGCAGACAAAAUGAUUGUUUGUAACAUGGCAGAAGAAAAAAAAGGCAACAAAAUUUGGCACAUAAAAUAUUGAUUAUUUAUAUUCUUGGAUUCUUGGUUCGAUUGAAAAUUUUGAAGUAAAUGCAAAUAAUUUUGUUGGAUGGACUUUGGGUUUGUCAUUGGCGCCAGAUUCAGGUGCCUUUAUUUAUUUGUUCAUGCAAUUUGAUAAUCGUUUAUUUUAAAAUUAUCUAUAUUCUUGUUAGCUGCAUGUAUUUAACAUUGACCAAAAAUAGACUAAUUUUGUAAAUGUCAAGGAUAA